GCAACUCUUCAAAGCACUAUAAAUAGGACACGAACUAGCUCAACAUUCGUCACAAGUCGUGCCUCGUAACAGCAGCACACAAUACUUAACAUACAUCCCGGAGCGAGAGAUUCAUACACCACGAAGGCUCUUAGGUACACGAGGAAGCAGCAACGGCAGCAAUGGCGGCUCAGUGGUGCUGGUCGCUUUGCCCGAAGCCGAAGCAGGUGGUCAGCGAGAGCGUGCACGGCGCACAGCUCGCCCUGCAGCGGCUGAGCAAGCGCUGCGAGGCCUGCGACGUCGAGGCGGGCAAGCCGUGCAAGUGCGGCGACCAGGAGGCGAGCCGUGCCAGUGCGGCAUCGAGGGUGGCCGCCGUGGAGGCGAUCGGCGAGCAGCGCCACAGCAAGCCCAACAGCUCCUUUGCCCACUCAGUCAUCAACAUGGUUGGGAUGCUCAUAGGGCUUGGGCAGCUCUCCAUUCCAUACGCCUUGGAGAACGGCGGCUGGGCCUCCGCUUUCCUGCUCAUCGGCCUCGGCGUCAUGUGCGCCUACACCGCGCACAUCAUCGGCAAGUGCCUCAACGAGUACUCCAGCUCCAAGACGUACCAAGACAUCGGCGAGCAGGCGUUCGGCACCAAGGGCCGCGUGAUUGCCUCCGCCUUCAUCUACCUCGAGAUCUUCUUCGCCCUGGUCUCCUACACCAUCUCCCUCAGCGACAACCUGCCACUCGUCUUCGCUGGCGUGCGCCUCCACUUCCCGUGGCUUCACCUCACCACGACGCAGCUGCUCACCGUCAUCGCCGUGCUGGUCGCGCUCCCCAGCCUGUGGCUGAGGGACCUGUCGUCCAUUUCCUUCCUCUCCUUCGCCGGCAUCAUCAUGUCGCUCCUCAUCUUCGGCACCGUCGUCUGCACCGCCGCGUUCGGCGGGGUGGGCCUGGGCAAACACAUCCCCGUGCUCCAGCUGGACAGGAUCCCGGCGGUGUCUGGCCUGUACAUGUUUAGCUACGCCGGGCACAUCGUGUUCCCGAACAUCUACACCGCCAUGAAGGACCCUUCCCGCUUCACCAAGGUCUCCAUCACGAGCUUCGCCGUGGUCACCGCGCUCUACGUGGCUCUUGCGUUCGUCGGUGCAAGCCUCUUCGGCCCAGCGGUUAACUCCCAAAUCACGCUCAGCAUGCCACCGCGGCUCGCGGUCACCAAGGUGGCGUUGUGGGCGACCGUGCUCACCCCGGUCACCAAGUACGCGCUGGAGUUCGCGCCGUUCGCCAUCCAGCUCGAGCACUACCUGCCAUCCGGCAUGGGUCCCCGCGCGAGGACGCUCGUCCGCGGCGGCGUCGGGUCCGCGGCUCUGCUGCUCAUCCUGACGCUGGCGCUCUCGGUGCCCUACUUCCAGUACGUGCUCAGCCUGACGGGCUCGCUGGUGAGCGUGGCGAUCUGCGUCAUCUUCCCCUGCGCGUUCUACCUCAAGAUCCGCUGGGGCAGGGUGUCGCGGUCCACUGUCGCACUCAACGUGGCAAUGAUUCUCGCUGGCGUCGUCCUAGCGGUGGUGGGGACCAUCUCGUCGGCCAAGUCGCUAGUGCAGAGCAUCCAGAGGGGCCAUACUGCGUAAGAAUGGAUAUAUAUUUGUGGACGGGCAGUAGCCCGAUUGGGGCGUGGUGAGCCGGAGGGUAUCGAUUCCCUCUUCCGCAUCUCCUCCUGUAAAAGACUUCCAAGAAAAAUCCUGAAUAAAGAGAAACCAGCUGUAAAAAAAAAGAAUAGAUAUCUAUAGGAUGCCAUGUAUAAUCUAAGGACGAGAUCACAAGAGGUGUCCCUGCCUAGGGUAUAUGCUGUACGGUCAGGGUCUCUAGCACAGUGAAGGAGCCCUCUUGCUAGUUCGUCCAUCAAGAGCUUAUUUGGGUGCUACGGACGAAAAACCACUUAGAGCUAAAUCAUGAAGGGGAAAAUUUGUGUAUAAAUGACACCCCGUCAAAUCCCGUGUCAUUCCCUCUCCUCUUUUAGGCUGCCAUCUCCGCUGAUCCUUUUGGCUUUUUGGUACAUGCGCUUGACACAGGCGUAGAAAGCCAUUGUCACCGACUUCCUCCUCCCUAUGACCCUGUCUGCCGUGCCAUAGGAGUCCCCGGCACCAUCCAUCUCGUAGUGGUGGUGGUCCCUAGCACCAUCGGAUUGACACCUGGAACUCCUCGCCCUCCCGCUGCUGGAGCUCCUCCCUCAGCCACUACCCGAAGCUCUCUAUGAGAUGCAAGAUCGGCAGGGGCUCAGGCACGAAGAACUCAUGGUGGAUCCCGGCUGCGGCCUCUCAUUCGCUAGCCUAAUGCAAGAUCGUCGACCUCUCGUCCUCUGCGUCAUCUGACGCCGUACGCGACGCGUACGCGGACCGGGGUGCAUCUUCAUGUAGUUGGCCACGCCGUGCCCAUGGAGGAUAAGCUCUGCUUCACCUGUGAUCUGGUGUGGGGCACUGCUGCCGAGGGGUACGGUAGCUGCAUGAUCUCCAACGACGACUCUGUUCUGAACUGGCGUGACUACUUUGAUCACCGCAUCCAGCCUUUAGAUCCUAUCGCCCUCCUCCCUCGCCGCUGAGACGCUAACGGACGUCGAUUGAGAAAUUAAAUUGAAAUAUGUCUUAAUUUUUAUAUGAUGAAUUAUUGAUAAUAUUGGAUUUGAAAUAAUUUUAGUUGGUAUGAGCUUGUUUGGGUGUGAUCUUAUUUACGGUUAAUCAAAGUUUGA